UUACUGAAGCAUUUAACUGAUUCAAGGACCACUUGACUCAUCAUAACUCUCGCUUACUUUCCAAGCCAAAAAAAAAAAAGGAAAAGCAUUUGCAAUGCAAAGUCGUUAUAAAUUGCAGAAAAACAACGACGUGGAAAUUAUUGGCAAUAACUGUUUGACUGCUGCAGCAGCAGCAGCAGGGUCAUACAAGUUAACUGAAUAGAAAAAAAAAAUUGGUGUUUCGGUAAGUAACAGAGAGUUGUUUUUGGAAUGGAUCCUAUGAUCCGGAAACUCAGGUUUCGUCUUCUUGCUUGGCUUCACCGAUCUCGUUCUGGCCCAAUUUUGUUUGUGAAGAAGUUCUCAUACAAAGAUGUAAAGAAGGCAACUGAUGGCUUUCACAGGAUAGUAUAUAGCAAUUCCCAUGGGGCUGCUUAUAAGGCCAGAUUUGAAGGUGGUGAAGUUGUUUUGGUAAAAGAAACAAGAGCUUUUGAUGAAGGAACAGAGAGCUUCUACAAAGAAGUGCAAUUCUUGGGGCGAUUGCAUCAUCGCCAUCUUCUUGCACUCAGGGGGUUUUCCCCAGGGCAUAAGAGGUUACUAGUGUUUGACAAUAUCGAAAAUGGAAGCUUGAAGGAGCAUUUUAAUGAUCCUCUCAGGACUCCUUUGAAUUGGAAAGCAAGGCUACAAAUAGCCGUUGGUGUAGCAGCAGCAUUGGAAUACUUACUUCUUUUCAGUAACCCACCGGUUUAUCAUGUCUCUAUCAGCUCAAGUAAUAUCAUGUUAGAUGAAAACUUUACUGCAAAGCUGUCUGAUGUUGGUCUUCAUAGUUCUAUUGGAACUUGUGUUAAAAUGCCUCAUUCCUCAUGUUCAGAAGAAUGUAUGCGUCAGGAAUGUGGCAACAUAAUUUUUCAGCUUGGAGUGCUGAUAUUGGAGCUAAUAACUGGCCAGUCAUCAGAGCAAGGGAGCACCGAUUUAAUCCAAUGGGUGCAAGGAUCUGGCCUUAGCAGUUCCAUUCAUAUGAUGAUAGAUCCAGACCUAGGAAACAAUUAUGAUUCUAGAGAGCUUAAAAAACUUCUACUUGUAGCAAGAUUAUGUAUAAAAUCUAAGAAUAACCCAAAAUUUCCUGUUCCACAGUUAUUUCGUUAUCUCCAGAAAAAGAUAAACAUUCCCCGUGAUUAGUGUUGGUAAUCUGAGGUUUCUUUU